AUGACGGAGGCGCCGGCGGAGGAUCGCCUGCAGGAAUGCGAGGCCCAGCUCGAGUCGAUGGAAGUCUACGAGAAAGGACAAGUGACCGCGCUACUGGUGACUGCCAAGGAGGCCAUGGCCGUCCUCCUUGCAGAGAAUCUUGCCAUCGAAAGCGCGUUGCCUGCUCUGCAGGCGAAGGAAAAGCACCACAUCGCGCAGCAGCACGCGCACAUGCACGAAGCAGCCGACUCUGCCGCCGUCAUUGACGCUGAAUUGAGCGAUCUGCAUGCCUACACGGGCGAUCUCUGCGCGCUCAUUGCGCCGCAAAAGAGCCGCUUGGUGCACUUGCAGCGCCAUGUCGAGUACCUCAACGUACUCCUCGAAGUCGAGACCAUUAGCACUCGCGCCAAGGACACCACCAACGGCGACAUUGACUCGCUCGUGGCGCUCGCGGCCAUCAACGCCAGGCUGCCGACGCUCUUUGGUCUCGAGACCAGUUUGCACUUGAAGUUGCGCACUCUCAUUACAGAUCGCAUGGCGUACUUGGCACACGCGUUCCAAGCGUUCCACACCGAACAGCUCGAGAGUAUCUUGGGCGACCUCGACUGGCCGCGUCCGCUGAGCGACGCCGACCGCGAGACGAUGGCCGACACGUGCGAGGCUUUUCGCGCUACGUUUGCCCGCCUCGUGCAGCUGCAGCUUUCGCUGGCGUCCGUGGCCAUCGGAGACAGCUCGGCGACGGGACUCGACCUGUGGGCCAUCGAGUGCCUCCUCUCACCUCUUGUACAGCGCUUUCGGUAUCACUUCGACACUCAGCAAAAGACGAACGACGUCACCAAGCCCGAGUGGUUCUUUACGUACAUCCUCGAGACCCUCCAUGGGCACUAUACCUUUGUUCAAACGUGCGUGGCGCCGGCCCUGCGCGACGCGACAGCGUCAAUGCCCGACACCAAGCACCCGCUGGAUGCGAUGUCGCUCUUCAUUCAAGGGCUUUUGAUGCCGCUGCGACACAAGGUCUCGGCGCUGCUGCCGCUCGUGGUGGAGAGCAAGCCGCUGCUGUGCCACGCGAUCGAUGAAAUCGUUGCGUUUGAAAAGACGCUGCGGGACGACUUUGGCUACGUGACUGUCCAGCCGCACCAGCAGUUUAAACGCGCGCGCAUCCCGACCGUCCUCGACCUCGUCGCACAAUCGCCCAAAGUGUUUGGCCUCUGGACCCAGAUGGACCGUGAGUACGCGCAGUCCUUUCUGACUACGUACCUCCAAGACGCAACAGCGUGGGACCUCGUGCUCGAUGCGAGUGAUGACGACCUCCGCGUCACCAAUGCCGCGUACGCCGCCGCCUCGUGCUUGGACGCGCUGAAACAGCGGUUCCAAGGGCUCUCGGACCCCGCGCAUCGCUAUGCGUACGUUGUACAAGUGCUCAAGCCGUUCUUGCAGCACUCGUACACGCUCUUUGCGACGUAUGCCAAGACCCAAAAGAUCUAUGCAGCCAUGCACGCGCCGUCGGACCCGACGUGGCAUCGGUAUUGCGCCGCCGUCAACAGCUGCCACUUUGUGCGGCUCGUGCUCACCGAGUGGGACGAGACGGCGCUGUUUGUCGAGCUCUUGCAGAUGGCAAAAGCCGCCAAGAUCCAGCGCCCUGCGUUGCGCCUGCGUCUCCCGCAAGUGCAAGGACUCGCGCAUCUCAACCCACUCCUCAAGCGCGAAGAAGCCCAAGUCGUAACGAACGCGCUUUUGGGUCCUGCGUCGCUCAUUGUACCCACGGCUGCACUCUCGGCUGCCUUCUCAGUUGGCUCGAGUGUGUGGCAGUCGCUCAAGGCGUCGCCGGACGCCGUGACGCCCCACGAGGUCGUCCCAGACAAGGACGCUGGCAAUGACGACAGCGAGACUCUGGUACUGGAAGGCUCCAUGUUUGAAAACGAAAUCACGCUCUUUCGAACGCUCGUCGAAGCACUCGAGGCCGACCUUCUGACUGCCUCCGUGACGGCCAUUGUCGGCGCAUGGGAAACGCGGUACCGAACCAGUCCGCUGUGGACGACGACACAAGCGCUCGAGUACAUUGUGCAAGACGUAUCGUGUGAACUCGGCGACGGCUUGCGACUGCUGACGCAGCACUUGGCACAAGCUCAGACGGCGCUCUCGUCGACGCUCUUCCAGACGUAUUGGAAGCACGUGGCGACCGAGCUCGACGGGUACCUCCUCAACAGUAUCUUGCACCACAAGACCAUCUCGGCGCCCGGCCGCGCCCAGCUCGCCGUCGAUGUGCAAAUGAUCGUCAGCGUCUUCCGCCCGUACACGGCCAAGCCCAUGGCCUACCUGCGCGGGUCGAGUGACGCGGUGACCGUGCUGACGAUGGACGAGUCCAAGGCCGACGUUCUCGCAGCGGCGCUGUCGCAUGGGAAGGAUGCGAUGGAGCAGCUCACGACGAUGCUAGAGGCCAGUCAUAUUCAUGCUCUGCGUCCGAGCCAAGUGCUUUUGCUUUUGCGCGCCUGA